AUGCCGAAGAACUGGAAGGAAGGAAGCUCAGCACAACCAAAUUAUGCAUUACCUAACACACCUUUACCAAAAAUCCCAAGUACUUCGAAGAGAAGGCCUCCUUUACCAGCGAAUACGGCGGGCGAUGAUUUGAUACAGCAGCUUUCGUCCUGUCGCAUUUCCGCAGAAAGUAGUGGGCUACCUGCAGAAUCCUCGCAAACUGUUAAAAGCUCAAACAAAAAUAAACGUAGAAGUCAACAAAAGUCGUUUUCCGAAGCAUCACAACAAUGCAGUGAAUGUCCGCAAACUGUUACACAAUGCCUUCCUAACACCCAACCCAGAAGAGUACACCAUCUCAAAAAUGCAAAUAAUUGCACAACUUCUGGACGUUCUAAAAAGAAGAAAUCAAAGAAUGCAUCGAACAAAAACCAAAAACCACUUUCCCCGCUGGACUGUAGCAAAAAGCUUGAUUCUCCAUUUGUAAGAGGAUUAGAAGAGUUUAUUACUGUUGACAGUCCUUCAUCUAAACACUCAGUUAAUUUAGGACGCGCAAGAGCCCAUUCUGAAGGACAUAUUACAAAAAUUGGUAGACAGCGUGAUACACCUAAAAGAAAAACACCGUCUCGUCUAAAACGCUGUAUUCUUAGCGAACGUGCUGUGCGCAAAGCCAAGAGAAGUCAAUCUCUUCCAGCCACCAAAUCUACCAACAAACUGGAUAGCCCAAAACUCAGUAAUUCAGACGUAUAUAAAACUCCCAUUAAAAGUUGCAAAUCUCUGUUGCAGAUGCAAUGUAAUCUUAUUUUGGAAUUGAUUACUCAACUAGCUGUAUUUCAAGAUAGGGCGUAUGUAGUCAACGCUGAUAGUCCGUUCCACCGUAAACGUGGUAGGCGUUUUGUGUGUGGUUUUCGUGAAGUUAUUAAACAUCUGAAAUUAAAACAUAUGCGAAUAAUCAUUAUAGCUUCCGAUCUAGAAGGGAAAGCGAUUGAUUUCAUUUACAAAAAUAAAGUUGGAACAACUGAACAGGAGGAUAAAUCCAAUGUAGGAUUGAGUGCAUUGGAAGAAUUACUUUGUGAAAUUCAGAAGCUAGCUGAAGAAUAUAAACCACCUGUACCAAUAUUUGUUGCCCAUACUAGAAGAGCACUUGCACAUAUGUGUCACAAACCAACUGCUGUUUCAAUCGUAGGGAUUAUAAACACAAAUGGAGCGUAUGAGAUUGAGAAGAAGCUCUUAGAAAUGGGAUCUGUGGUCAACUUUGGAUUAUCAGGAGGAAGUGUACAAACUGGUGAUAACAACUGUAGCUUAGACGAUUCUAUUGCUACUAAUACUGAUGAAUCAUUUUUACUGUGA